AUGCUGCCGGUUCUGAAGCGCAGGGUGACGAAGCCUCGUGCGCUCUUGGCGGCUCUGUCCAGGUACAUCGACAAGCAAGACAGAUCAUUCACCGGGUUCCCCGGUAACCACGUGGGAGGGCGAAGGAAAAGGAGGAUCGAUUCAAAGUGA